UUGCUUUAGAAGACUUUUGGCUGUGGUUGUGGUGUUUGUUUUGUUGCCAGUUUGAGCUGAACAAGAUGAACAAGGUGGUUUUGGUGACAGGAUCAAAUAGUGGCAUCGGUCUGGCGCUGUGUGAGCGUCUCCUCUCCCAGGACCCAGAAGGCCUCCAGCUGUGUCUGGCCUGCAGGAACAUGCGUCGGGCCGAAGCCGCUCGCUCGGCCCUCCUCACCUCCCACCCCACAGCCCAGGUGUCUCUGCUGCAGAUGGACACCAGCAGCAUCUCCUCCGUCAUCAGCGCCGCUCAGGAGGUCAGACUCAGGUUUCAGCGGCUGGACUACCUCUACCUGAACGCAGGCAUCAUGCCAAACCCACAGUUUGAUGUAAAAGCCUUUUUCAAGGGCCUCUUCUCCAGCAAUGUCAUCACAAUGUUCGCCACCGGUGAGGGGAUUCUGACACAGAAGGAUGGAGUCACACCUGACGGCCUGCAGGAAGUUUUCACCACCAACCUCUUUGGUCACUUCCUUCUAGUCAGGGAGCUGGAGCCGGUUCUGUGCCACGAAGGCCGAACCUCCCAGCUGAUUUGGACCUCUUCCAGCAACGCUCAUCGCUCGGCUUUUAACCUGGAAGACGUGCAGCACCGAGGAGGCACCCAACCUUACAGCUCCUCCAAAUACGCCUCCGACCUGCUCAGCUUGGCACUCAACACUCACUACAACAAACAGGGUUUGUACUCCUCUGUCAUUUGCCCCGGUUUCGUGAUGACCAACCUGACCUACGGCAUCCUGCCCUCCUUCCCUGCCUUCCUCUGGACGCUGCUUAUGCCCAUCUUCUGGCUUAUACGAAUGUUCACCAACACUUUCACACUGACACCUUAUAAUGGAGCUGAAGCUUUGUUUUGGCUGUUUCAACAAAAGCCUGAAUCUCUGGACCCAUAUGCCAAAUACCACAGCUUAACAUCAGGGCUGGGCCACAACUACACACAACCACGGAAGAUGGAUAUCGAUUUGGAAACAUCCGAGUCUUUGUAUGAGAAGUUGCUGCAUCUAGAGAGCGACGUGAGGAAGAAACUGCAAACAGAAGCCCCCCAUGCUCCCAUCCAUCCUGCAGAAUCUGAAUCAUCUUGAUGCGAAUCACACGUUUGUAGAUGGAGGGCAUUUUAUUCCUGUCUCAUCGCGGGUCACGAGGGAGCAGCGUGUCCUUUGGCUGUCAGACUUGACAAACAUAACACAUCUCUUCCUGACAGGCAUCAUGAAAGCCUGCAUUCACAGCCAGAGACAGACUCUUGGUAUUUGGAGCUUGAUUUGUUGUUUCCAUCUGUAAUAUCUGUAUCAGGCAUGUUGCUGGGGAAACAGCCUGAGUUGUGAUCAUCUGUUAAAGAGUUUACAAUUAAAAUGAGCAGUGCAUGUUCCACUUAUA